CAAUUGAGUCGUACAUCUUGACAACCUAGGCACGGGAUCGGCCUCAAGGAGGCACAAGGUUGGUAUUCCCGGUAGGACUUGUGCUCCAGUUACUCUUACAAACUCCAUUCGAGUUUCUUGUUCCGUUCAGCGCUUUCUCUCUCUAUUCGUUUUCUCAAGGUAGGUAUCUUACAAUGCCGUUCAAAAGUUCACAGCCAGACAUUGACUUACCAACCAACAUCACCAACUGGACCUGGCUCUUCAAUUCCCCUGCCUCUCCCCUACAAUCGAUUCCCUCUUCUCAACUCGCAGGCUACAGCAAUGCCAACACCAAAGAGAGGAUCAAUUGGGCAAACGUCAAGACCCAUACCACCCACUUGUCCACAGCACUUGUCCGACAUUAUGGCCUUCAAAAAGGCGACGUUGUAGCCCUCUUCUCUCAAAACACAAUAUGGUACCCAGUUGCUAUGCUCGCGGUCAACCGCGUUGGAGGUAUCAUAUCAGGAGCUAGUCCGGCGUAUAAUGUGGAAGAAAUGACAUAUGCGUUGAAAACUGCUGGGGCCAAGUAUCUGUUUACGAUACCUGGGAGUAUGGACGUUGCUUCUGCCGCAGCUAAGAAUGCUGGAAUUCCGAAGCAGAGAGUGUUCUUGUUGGAAGGGACAAUGGAAGGGUUUACCACUAUGUACGAGCUACUCGAGCUAGGGAAGAGAGAAGGAGAAAAGGGACAGGUCGAGGAGUACAAAUUGAAGAGAGGAGAGAAGAAUAAGGACCUGUGUGGAUUCCUAAGUUUCAGUUCAGGCACUACUGGACUUCCCAAAGCUGUCAUGAUCUCCCACCAAAACGUGAUAGCCCAAUGCGUCCAAAUCAAGCAAAUCACCCCUGGCACCCACAAAAAAGUCCUCGCCGUCCUCCCCUCCUUCCACAUAACUGGCCUCGUCCACGCCCUCCACCUCCCCAUCCUCCUCAACGCCGAAGUCUACAUGCUCUCUUCCUUCACCAUGAAAUCCAUGCUCGACACCGUCGUCAAGUACCGCAUCUCCGAACUCUUACUCGUGCCACCAAUCAUCAUCCGGCUUGUGCGAGACCCUAUUGUCGAUGACUACGACCUAAGUUUCGUCACACGGUUCAGUUCCGGUGCUGCUCCGUUGAGCGAGGAAAUCAUCCAGAUGCUCAAGAAGAAGUUUCCGGGUACGGGGUUCAAGCAAGGGUACGGGAUGACGGAGUCGUGUUCUUGUAUUACGAGUCAUCCGCCAGAGAAAUACGGAUAUGAGCAUGCGCAUAAAGUCGGCACGGUGUGUGCUUCUACUACUAUCAAAAUCGUGGAUGAAGAUGGGAAGGAAUUAGGGGUUAAUGAACCGGGAGAAUUGCUGGCGAAGGGACCACAGAUCGUGAUGGGGUAUUUGAAUAAUGAGCAAGCGACGAAGAGCACGUUUGACAGUGAGGGGUACCUGCAUACCGGGGAUCAGGCGGUGAUUGAUGACGAGGGAAUGGUUACUAUUACAGAUCGAAUUAAGGAGAUGAUUAAGGUGAAGGGAAUUGGGGUGGCGCCAGCUGAGCUGGAGGAUCUUUUGCUAGGGCAUGAGUUCGUGGAGGAUGUUGCUGUGCUUGGUGUAAAUGAUGAUUAUUCGGGAGAGAAACCGAAGGCAUAUAUUGUCAAGAAGAAGGGGAGUCCGGGAGAGAAGGAUGUAGGGGAGCAGUUAUUGAGAUAUGUGAAGGAGAAGAAGGUUAGGCAUAAAUGGGUCAAAGAGGUGGAGUUCAUUGGGGAGAUCCCGAAAAGUGCAAGUGGGAAGAUCCUGAGAAGGCUGUUGAGGGACAAGAGUAGGGGUGCGAGCGAAGGUGUGGUUGUUAGAGAUGAGGUUGCUGCGAAAGCAAAGCUGUAGACACUUUUAGUGAAUUGCCAUGAUCUUGUGACAUUUAGCAUUGAUCUAAUGUCAGCC